AUGAGCCCUGUGGUAAGACUGAAACAGGCUCCAAGUACUGUAAAUCUGAUUCAGCUGCGUCCACGUCAACGGAAGGUAAAACAAAACAUCAUGGAGAAGAUCAACGUCGAUUUCCGCCGCUAUAUACUUUGUCUUUCCAUCUUGUCAUUCACACUGAUAACUUUGUUCCUGAGCUGGGGAGCAAUGCAACUGGAGGAUGAAAAAGUUUCAGUUUUUGCAAAUCGUACCUACGAAGAGCAACCAAAUUCGGGAACUGAUGUAACCUGUUUCUAUACUAACUACAGACAAGGAACACACGAUCCGGAGUGUGAUAAUAUUCUUUUGACCUAUCUUCAUCGAACAUUGGUUUAUUACGGUGUCCGUUUUGAUUGUAUCCUGAGUUCUCCUCUCAUCUUAAUCUCAUUCUGGUUCUUCUGGCACGAUUCGUUCGGAGGAAAAAUGAUUUCUGUGGCAUUUGCAUGUGCCUUCACCAAAUUCUUAUGCAGCUCCACCGUACUGACAUGCAUUUUGAUUGAUGACCCGUCGUUCAUGCGGGAAAUAUUCGAAAAGUCUUACUUUGGCAGCUACGAAUCAAAGAUUCUCUACUCAUACACCAUGAUCGUCCUGUCCACCUUCUUCAACAUCACACUCAUUGUUACCAUUGUCAUGGCCACCUUUCUCCCCGAUAUAUCGGCUUGCAAGUAUCGUAUUGGAGCAUCAGAAGCCGCUGGUGAUAUGCAUCGUUUUGAGUUCAAGAGUGUCUUAUCGAAUGUAAAAGAAAUCGUUGCGAAGAGCAGAAACACAAGCAGAAUCUCCGUCGUUGAAGCGUUCCCAAUUGGAGAUUUGAUUGUCAAGGAGCACACAUCUGCUAAAUCCAAUCCAGUCUAA